AACACUACAGGCUCUCACUCGUGGACGGUCGCGCGCGCACUCUCAGGCACACGCGGGUGGCCGAUAACAAUAUUACGUCGCGAUUUAUAAUAAUUAUCAUAAUCUAUAAGUGCGCUUGAGUUUUUGUUGUUGUUAGGUAUUGGUUACUACUAAUUUCUCGUCACUCGUCAGUGUGAUACCCGGUGUUGUCGGUGUCGUUUCGUUUUCUCGUGUGUACUGUUGUCCGGAUUCCCCUGCCCAGAGUGUGACGCAAUACGCCGAGCAGAGUUUCGCGAACAUUCGACGGCGACGAUUUUUCGGAUUUAAUUUUUCUGACUUCUCCGACCGGAAUUUCAGCUGCCGACGACUAUCAUGUCGCUGAACACGGCUCAUGUACAAGGCGGUGGUUGCCUGAUACACGCAGGCGAAUGCAUUAUUUUGUUUACUGACGCUGUCACAAUUGAUUUUCACGGCCAAGAUGGUAGAGCAUUUCAUGGUUCUAAAGUGGGAAAAUUGUUUUUAACUACUCAUCGAUUGAUUUUCAUCAACAAAUCUGACAAAGAUGAGCUUUUAUCAUUUAGUAUGCCAUUUGUUACUCUUAAAGAUGUGGAAUUGGAACAACCAGUUUUUGGUUCAAAUUAUAUAAAAGGUAAAGUACGUGCUCAACCUAAUGGAAACUGGGUUGGUGAAGCAAAAUUUAAGUUGAUAUUUAAGAAAGGCGGUGCUAUUGAUUUUGGAAGAGCCAUGUUAAGAGCAGCAUCAAUGGCUAAUAACAACUAUCCUCAAAUGGAUAAUCCGCCACCCUACGCUCCACCUGAAGGUCCAUACUACAUGGCUGAUGUUCCAUACGGUGUACCUCCUCCUGGCUACUAUGGAUGGAUGCCUUCAACUGAAGCUUUUCCAGAUGCACCACCUCCUCAAUCUGUCUAUAGAACUGAUAUGCCUCCACCAUAUCCAGGUAUAAUUGGUUUCGCUGGUAAUCCAGGUUAUGCAAGCGCCCCACCUGCACAAACAGCUCCACCUCCACAACUCUUUAAUGGGCAAGAUGCAAAAGCAGCAGAAGCAGCACAGAGUGCAUACUUUGAUCCCAACAGGCCACAAAUGGCUUAUGUUCCACCACCAUCAUACUAUGAACUUCCUCCACCUUACAAAGAAGCUGAAAAUAAGAAGAAUGAUUAAAUACAACAUGUUUAUGUCUACAUUCCAUUGAUUGUUUUUUUUAUAAUUUUAUUGUUUUUUUUUUUUUUUUUUUUUAAGCGGUAUUGAAA